AUGGUUCUCCUCUUGGGAGCCUGUCCAGAGUACAGUUGCCUAGUCUACGAUUACAUGGCAAAUGGGAGCUUAGAAGAUCAACCCAUAGUUCACCGUGACCUAAAACCUGCAAACAUUCUCCUCGACUCUAACUUUGUCAGCAAGAUUAGUGAUGUUGGCUUAGCCAGACUGGUCCAUCCAAACGUGGCAGACAGUGUAACUGAAUACCACAUGACCUCAGCCACAGGAACUUUCUAUUACAUAGACCCAAAGUACCAGCAAACCGGCAUGCUAGGAACAAAGUUUGAUAUCUAUUCACUAGGUAUCAUGCUGCUUCAAAUUGUUACAGCCAAGCCCCCAAUGGGUUUGACUCACCAUGUUGAACGGGCUAUUGACAAGGGAAUUUUUGCUGAAUUUCUCGAUCCAUCUAUCUCCAACUGGCCAGUGGAAGAGGCAUUGAGCUUUGCACAGCUAGCUCUUAAAUGUGCAGAGCUGAGGCGAAAAGACAGACCAGACCUUAAGACCAUUGUGUUACCUGAGCUUAACAGGUUGAAAGCCCUCGGUGAAGAAAAGAUGCCUAACUGUUUCAUGAUGCUGGGUGGCGGCAGUACACCAGGAACGUCACCAAGUCAGAGCCAAGCCUCCGCAACAUCCCAAUCAAAUGAUCAUGUUGGAAUUGUUCCUAGUAAAACGAUUCCCCAGUUUCACAGAUGCCCUGGACCACCUGAGAGAGCUGAAGUUUGA